ACAUACAUUUUGGUCUACUUGAAUGUUAAUUUCACAAAAAAAUAAUAAAUUAAAAAUAUUAAGGAAAUGGCAUCAAUCAGCACGAGAGCGAUAGCUGGUUUUUCAAGAUUCUCACCAUUGAUUCAGAAAUCAUUAAAUUUUAGAGUAAUAUCAGUUAAGCAUAGAAACUUCUCGGCCGAACAAGCACAAACAGAACAGCCAGCAAUUGAAUUGACAGAGAAUGAGAAAAAGCUGACAGCUGAUGUCGAGAAAUUGACAAAGGAUGUGGAAACAUUGACUGAAAAGAACAAGGAACUUGAUGAUAAAUAUAAGAGAUCAUUAGCAGAUAGUGAAAAUAUGCGUAAAAGGCUAACAAAACAAAUUGAUGAUGCCAAGAUCUUUGGAAUCCAGUCAUUCUGUAAAGAUUUACUCGAAGUCUCAGACAUCCUUAAUGCCGCAACAGAAGCAGUUCCAAAAGAGGAAGUGUCUGAUAAAAAUCCGCAUUUAAAGAGCUUAUAUGAAGGUCUUACAAUGACGAGAAAUCAGCUUAGCCAAGUGUUCAAAAGGAAUGGACUCGAAAGUGUCGAUCCAAUUAAUGAAAAGUUCAAUCCAAAUUAUCACGAAGCAUUAUUUCAACAAGAAAUCCCGAAUAAAGAACCAAAUACAGUCGUUGUUGUUAGUAAAAUUGGAUAUAAAUUGCGUGAUCGGUGUAUUCGAGCAGCACUGGUUGGUGUCUCUAAAUAAAAAGGCUACAAAAUAUGAGAGGAGCUUGAUUCAUGGAUAAUGGACUAGAUCAGAAAAAUUCCCUUGCAAAAUCUGAAAAUAAAAUUUAUUAUUAAUGAAGCAAGUUAUUGAUUCUUUUAGAAUUUUGGCAUUAAUUGUAAUAAAGUCGGCAGAAAUUCCUUGACAAUAUUAGAAUUUACUUUACUGUUUACUUGUUUUUUCUGUGUGUACUGGCUAAGAAUGUGAAACAAAUCUCUCGCACAAAUGUUGACCAUAAUUAAUAAAAGAGAUAAUAUUAAGGAAAAUUAUACGUCAUUAAAUGCUUAGAAUUGAAAUUGACGGCUUUCUAGUCGUGCUUGCAAGUUCUCCAAUUGUCUCUUUGCUUCACAUGAUGGGAAAUUGUUGAGAUCGUAGUAUUGCGGUGCA